AGGGCUCCCGGCGGGCGCGUCAGGAGUGUGGCCACCGCCACCUGAAAGCGGGGCCGCGAGUCUGGCCCGGAGUACCGGGGUACCGCCGCCGCCGCCCCCCGAGGGGCCCCACAGAUUAUUUUAGGAAGAAAACCGCCUGGAAGAAUCAAUGAAGUUCCUUCUUUUCACAUUUGUUGGUGUCGUUCACCUUUUCUCCCUGAACUCUGGGAAAGCGAUCUAUAAGAAUGACAUCUCUCGGAGGACUUUUCAAGAAAUAAAAGAAGAAAUAGCCCGCUAUAAAGAUGUUGCUAAAGCAAUCAUCAACCUUGCUGUUUAUGGUAAAGCCCAGAACAGAUCCUAUGAGCGACUGGCACUUCUGGUUGAUACUGUUGGACCCCGACCAAGCGGCUCCAAGAGCUUGGAAAAAGCUAUCCAAAUCAUGUACCGGAACCUGCAGGAAGAUGGACUGGAGAACGUCCACUUGGAGCCGGUCAAAAUACCCCACUGGGAAAGAGGAGAAGAAUCUGCUGUGAUGCUGGAGCCAAGGGUUCACAAGAUGGCUAUUUUGGGUCUUGGCAGCAGCAUUGGGACUCCCCCAGAAGGCAUUACGGCAGAAGUUCUGGUGGUGACCUCUUUCGAGGAACUGCAGAGAAGGGCCCCAGAAGCAAGAGGCAAGAUUGUUGUUUAUAAUCAACCUUACGUCAACUACUCGAAGACAGUGCAGUACCGGGUCCAGGGGGCAGUGGAAGCUGCUAAAGUGGGGGCUUUGGCAUCCCUGAUUCGCUCAGUGGCUUCCUUCUCCAUCUACAGUCCUCACACAGGUAUUCAGGAAUACCAGGAUGGUGUGCCAAAAAUCCCGACAGCUUGUAUCACAGUGGAAGAUGCAGAGAUGAUAUCCAGGAUGGCUUCCCGUGGGAACAGAAUUGUUAUUCAGCUGAAGAUGGGGGCAAAGAACUACCCAGAUGCUGAUUCCUUCAACACUGUAGCAGAGAUCAUUGGCAGCAAGUACCCAGAGCAGGUUGUACUGGUCAGUGGACAUCUGGACAGCUGGGACGUUGGGCAGGGCGCCAUGGAUGAUGGUGGCGGAGCCUUUAUAUCAUGGGAAGCACUCUCGCUUAUUAAAGACCUUGGGCUGCGACCGAAGAGGACUCUGCGUUUGGUGCUCUGGACUGCCGAGGAACAAGGUGGAAUCGGGGGCUUCCAGUAUUACCAGUUACACAAGGUAAAUAUUUCCAACUACAGCCUGGUGAUGGAGUCUGAUGAGGGAACCUUCUUACCCUCUGGGCUGCAGUUCACUGGCAGUGAGAAGGCCAGGGCCAUCAUGGAGGAGGUCAUGAGGCUACUGCAGCCUGUCAAUGUCACACAGGUCUUUAGGACUGGAGAAGGGACAGACAUUAACUUCUGGAUCCAAGCUGGAGUGCCUGGAGCCAGUCUAGUUGAUGACCUCUAUAAAUAUUUCUCCUUCCAUCACUCCCAUGGAGAUACCAUGACUGUCAUGGAUCCAAAGCAGAUGAAUGUGGCUGCUGCUGUUUGGGCUGUUGUCUCUUACGUCAUCGCAGACAUGGAGGAAAUGCUGCCCAGGUCUUAACGAGAAAAAGCAAGCAAGCACUUGUGUCCUUUCUGGCCAGGAAUUCUAGAAAUGCAGUUCCAGGAAGUCCCUCUUCAACGAACAGUUUGAUCUCACCUUAUCCAUUUUCAGAGUUUAAUACUUUAUCAUACUUUCUGUUACCAUCUUUCUCAAUACUUUCCAAAUUCUCUGUUUCUAAAGGACGAAAUGAUCCCCACUCCCACAUACAGUCAAAAUAUGGUAGGGAUCACAGUGGGGACCUUUUUUUAUACCACCUGUGAAAAUUACUGUUUCUGCUUUGAAGAUAAAUACUCAAUAAAAAUUUGGAAGAUC